GUUUAUUCGCUUACAACGACUAUUAGAUAUAUGGAGCUAAAUUUAAAGGGUAAGUACUAACUAGUAAACAUGUAAGAAAACACUUGUAGAGAUGUAUAUAUCUUGUAUUUUUAUUUUUUUAUAAUAUACCCCAAACGUUUCUUAAUAUCAGGGAGAAACAUUUUUUUUAGACUCUCUUUUGCUAGGAAGGUGAUCGUUAUAAUUAUAAUUAUGAUUAUAGCGAUAAUUAACAGACGAUCAGUAUUUUUCUUUAUUUUGGUGAACUUUCGUGUCAAAAUUGACGAUAAUUGUAUGACGUUUUUCUCUUUAGUGUUUCUUUCUGUUUUAAUUAGAUAUGAUCAUUCACAUAUUAUAGCUGGUUAAGGAACUCUCGGCUUAGAGAUCGUCGAGCAAGUGCCAGACAUCGACGCCGUAGUGGUUCCCGUCGGUGGCGCUGGAUUAAUAGCAGGUGUUGCGAUAUCUGUUAAAACAGUUCAUCCGAAUUGCAUGAUUAUGGUCGAAUCGGAAAGGUGCGCGAGUUAUUAUGCGACGCGCGAAGCCGGUAAACCAACCUACAGCCACAUAUAGUCUACUUUCGUCGAUGGAUUGGCCGGUCCCAUGGUGUGAUAUAAUGCGUUUGCUACCAUGGAUUCGUUGAUCGAUUAAAUGGUCAUAGUAAAAGAAGAAUGGAUUGCGAUCGCGAUCUUGAAGUUGGUCGAGAACGAGAAAUGCGUUGUCGAGGGAGCAGGAGCGAUAGGUUUAGCAGCGGUAUUGGCUGGUCAGCUUGACGAACUCAAGGGAAAGAAAGUGACGUUACUAUUGUACAGCGACAACAUCGAUACAACCGUUUUGGGCAGGUGCCUGGAGCGUGGAUUAGCAAUAGAGGGCCGCCUCUUGAAAUUCACGGUGACAGUCUUGGAUCGUCCAGGUGGUAUUGCUGAGAUCUGCAGGACUCUGGCGGGUGUCGUCGUCUCCAUAAAGGACAUCAUGCAUGAGAGGGCUUAGGUAAUGUGCGACAUAUUUAGCGUGGAUUUGAAGGUUGUCUGCGAGACCAGGAAUCGGGAGCACGUCGAACAUCUCAAGAAUCUACUCCAUCAGAAUUAUUACAAAGUCGUUUUUGGCAGCGAUAAUACCUUAGUUUCAAGGAAUAUGGUACCUGAAAGGCUCUACUCAACCUCAACGACGAGCAGAAACGUACAAGUGUGAUAUCGGUCUCCUUGGGCAUUCACGCCCUGGUUCGUUCCUAUCACAGAAAAGAGUUGCAGAUAACUGUGACGGUGGUGACGUCGGUGGUAGCUCCGAUAAUGAAGAUUACGGCGUGUCGGCACUAUGGUGCGAACAUGAUUGUCAAUGGCAACGACAUGGGAGAGGCCAAGACAAUCGCUUUGACACAGGCAAAGGAGAAGGGUUUGGUCUAUAUCAAUGGAUGAGUAAAUAAUACCUCUAAAAGAGCAAGUAAUAGUCUAUCUAAUUUGUAACUUAAAAAUAUUUUUCAUAAAUUUUCUUUCCCUAUUUCUGACUACGAUAAAUUCAAUUUGAAUCCGCAAAAAUUAGCGGCUCCAUUCAGGACACGAUGCUGAGCAGUUUAUAUAAAAUUUAGAUAUAAUGUCGAGCAGAUAAAAGUGAGAAAAAUAUAUAUAUUUUUUUAUAAGUGUUUUCUUAUACGAUUUGAGGGUGGAAGUAAUCUCGCGGAGCUCAUUUCAUAUAUCUGAUAAUAAAUAUAAAGAUAAUGAGAAUAUAUUUCUUUAAAAAAAUCUUAAAAAUAAUAUUCGACUUAUUGUUUAAUAUUUUAAAUCUCUCUUAUUGUUAUACAUUGUGUUUCUUGUGUUCCUGCCGGUAAAUGUAAUAUCUACUCAUUUUAUGCUUCAUAUAUAGUAUAUAUCUGUACUAAAGAUGGAACAUCGAACAGAAAUAAUCGAUUAUAAGCUAUAAUCGGUAUCGAUAUCGCUCAUGUCUAGUCUGAAAAUAUUUGUUACAUUAUAUUACGUGUUUCUCUAUAUGUUCAAAAUUCAUUUGAAUUACCUAUUCUGUUACCUAUUCUAUUACCUAUUCUAAAAACAAAUAUUUUUGUUUCUGUCUCUUGUAUUGGUUACAUUUUAAUUUGACAACAGAAACCGACCAAGAGACACUCAAGAACAUAUAAACAUUUUAUUAUUGUCCUUCGAACAAUCGUUGCAAGAACAUCCAUACAACGAGAAUUGAAAGAAUCUUAUUAUUGAGAUUCAGUUCACGCAUGUUUCGCAUUAUUUCUUGUGAUAUUAUAUAGAAAUUACUCAGCAACUUCAUCAAACGGUCGCAUCGAUAUGAACUCAAACACACAAGUAUUUGAGUAUCAUGGAGCACGGAGAGCUGAAUAUUAUAAUCAGUUUUUCAAUCCAAAUAUUUGUCAUGUCUGCAAAGCGGUAGACAAAGGUAAUUUUAUACUAUGUGAUGAGUGCUGCUUGAUUUCUUAUUGCAACUACAAUCAUAAAAUGUUACACUAUGAAGAACACGCGCAUAUUUGCAAAAUUGUAGCACAGAUUUUGAAAAUAAAACCGCAAAAUGACACGCGCAGAUACGGCAGCUGGCAAAUAUGGAUCGUAAACAGAAGAAUUAUUAUGGAAUCAGCCGAAGAGACUUUUGGCAGUCCAAUAGAGAUGUACGUGAAACAGAUGAUCAUGUGGUCAAAAACAUGUGUUAUUUGUUAUCAACAGGCCAAACUACGAGCUUGUCAAAAAUGCUUUUCCGUUAAUUUUUGCAAUGAACACGCAGAAGCUUUUCGCAAGGAACAUGAUGGAAACACGUGCGAGCUAUUGACGCUAUUGCUGAAUAUAAAUAUCGAAACUAUUUCUGGCAUAAUGACUGAUAUAUCGUAUGAAUUUCUUUCGAGUGUAAAACGAGAUACACGUGUAAACGAGAUGCUCGAAUUUUACAUGAAAUGUGUAUUAAUAUCAAGAGACGACGUAAAUUGUCUUAUAAAGGAUUAUGUCUUGUCUGAUUACCUUUCAGGACCAUUGUCAAUCUACUAUGAAUUCGAAAAGAUAUAUGGCGAUAAGAAUUUUAAUGUUUUACGUCAGCAAUUAGUUGUUAUUCAUAUUAUAGCCGCAAACUCUGUGGAUAGACAUGGUUUACCGGCUUGGGAAGUUUUGUUACACCUUAUACCGGAAAUGCGUGAACUAAGAAUUAUAAUGAUAGGACCAGAAUUACGGACGGAAAAUUAUGGUCAUAAUAUUUGUAAUGACUGCCAGAACAAAGGAAAAAAAAUGAAAUUUUAUCCUAUUUGUAUGUUAUACCAUGAUUAUAUACAAACGAGUAAAAGUCAUCAGAUACCAGAUUUGAUCGUAGGAUUUGAAGCAAAACUUGAUAAAACACAGACAUGGUCCGAAUCUAUAAAAGUAAUACGGAAUUGUCUUUGUCCAUUAAUUUUAGGUGCUAAAUGCCAAGAAGAAGUUGAUAAUGACAUGCUUGCUAUUGAACAUGCCCUAAAUGUAAUUGUAGAACCUAUUGUUAACAAAAAUUAUUUCGCUGCUUUUGCACCACACAAAGACUUAAUGUCUAACAUUAUACGUUUUCGUAAUCAAUAUUUAAGUACAUACAAAAAUUUAGUAGAUUAGACAGUAAUAAUGAUAAUAAUCUUGAACAAAUGCUAUCAAUUCCCAGCUUUUCUAGAUGCUAGGGCCAGUAGCUCAUUGUAAAGAGGAUAUGAAUUAAAAUAUUUGUUAUUGUAAAUUAAUUAUAAAUAUUUCUAUUAAUUAAUUAUAAAUAAAGAUUAUACUCCCUUAAUAAUGACAGUUACAUUGCUUUCAAUGGAAAAUUAAAAAUUAUAAUUUAAUUUUUCGUCGAGCAUCUGUAAGAUUUAUUUAUCGUAAGUGCUUCGAAUAUUAAAGGUCACAAGGAAGCAUUUGAAUAUCAAUUUUAAAGAAUAUAUAACAUUACGCUUCGCUGUACAUUUCAGAUCUUUUUGUUCGCGAUAUUCUUUUUGUUUUCGGGUAUUCGAUAUUUGUUAUAUAUCCCAUUACAAUUCGAGUCGUCAAGAAUUUCUGAGAAGCGCAGAGAUAUUUGUAAACACUCGAUUAGUAUAUCCUUCUAAUGAUGAAAAUAUUUAAUGCACAUAUUAAUGUACACAUAC